AUGAAGACCUUUGCUGCCAUUUUGACCCUCGUCGCUCUCUCUUCAGCUGCCCAGUACUCAGUUUCCAUCGACAAGGACGCAGGCCUGGUGUACACCAACACCAAGUGCGGAAAAAACUAUUGUAUUGAUUCCAAUUUUAAUGGCCUACACACUUACACUGCCUUCAACGGAAACGAGCACUUUUUGCGCAUCCUCAUGAGUUUUAAUUUUCCCAGUGGAAUCAAGAACGCAUCUGACAUUGAGGAAUGCGUCCUCGCGCUCCCCAAGUCCAUGACCAAGAGCCCUAAUACUCACUACUACAAUCUGUUUGUUAGAAAAUUGGAUGCCGACUUUUCUGCCUCCAAUGUCACGGCUAGAAACUCUCCCAAGGCUGGUGAGGUGAUUAACCAGACUACUGGUGAUAACAAGAAUGCCCCGCCCAGAAUCAAUAUUACCGCGGCCUGCAAGGCAGCUGCCAACAGAAAACUUGGUCUGGUUAUCGAUGCAUCGGGAACGCCUGUCACAAUCAAAUCCAAGGCUGGUGGCUCGGACACCCGCCUGUAUAUCAGAACAAAGUAA